ACUUUCACACUUGACAUUUCGUUUCGUUCGGUUCGUCUGUGUUGUACAUUUUGUGUUCUGAAUUCUGAUUCUGAAAUCUGAAUCUGUAUCUGGGAGGCUGCUAUAGAAAUACGCCAAUUUCACGAGUGAUCAGUGAAAUACCAGUUUAGCUAUUAUUACGCGAUGAAAUGCUUAAAAAUUCAAUAAUAAGUGUAUAUGUGUGGUUUCUCAAAUUGUAUUAGUUUAGUGUUCCCACCUAAAAAGAUAAUAUAACCUUGGUCUGAAAAUGAAUAGUUUGGAAGUAAGUGCACUUUAUGUGUGCUGAUACAGAGAUGAAAUGUUUAAGUACUUCAUUACAUAAACAAUGAGUGCCCAAAGUGGAUGUGUCAGUUGCAAUGAGGAGUCGGAACAUUUUGAUACCAAGCAUGAUGGUGACUGUUCUGAUGGGGAAGAUGCACAGAUUCGCCUGGCGCCACAUGUACAAGCCUACUUGGCACACAAUAACCGCACUACCAACUGCUGUGGGUUUGCUAUACCUAUUGCUUUUGAGAGAGCUGCUCCUGGCACAUGGUGGAAUCCACGCUUCGACUCUGAAAUACUUGAAGGACAAUAUAGAAGUAGCUCUUUCAGACAGAUAAGACUAAGAUUCAGAUUUGCACUUUUAUAUAUUUUGAUAUUUUCUAUAUCAUGGUUUAUCUACCUUGUGGUUCUUGGCUUAAAUGGUGUUACUGUAAAAUGGCCGUUUUUGUGUUCUAUAUUUGCUGGUGUCCUCCUUAUAACAUGUGUUAUGCUGUUUGUUACAUUUACAAAUGUAUACAAAGUGUACACAUCCAAGCUAUCCCUGAUUAUGGCAUUCGCUCUGUGUACCCUAAGCCUCUCUUUAGUUACGUUGACUACACAAAUCAAUUCUGAAUAUAUCCAAGCUGCAGACAUCAGCCAAUCUGGACAUUUUGCUAUGUGUAUAGAAAUCCUGUUAAUAAUAUACACCCUGACACCAUUGCCUCUCUUUGCUUGUGUGAUCAUAGGACUGAUGUAUUCAACAGUUUUUGAAGUCUUGAAUAUUGUUUUGCAUUUAUCUGAACAAGAAUGGCAGUUCCCUGGAAUGUUUGUGAGGUUCUUCCUACAACUUUGUGUUCACAUCAUUGGUUUGCACAUUUAUCUCAUGACAUUUGUGAGAAUGCGCGGCACUUUCAUGAAAGUAGGCCAGAGUCUACUAGUGAGGAGACAGUUGGAAAUGGAAAAGCUAUUAAAGGAAAAAAUGAUCCAUUCAGUAAUGCCACCAAAACUAGCCAGUUGGUUGAUGGAAGAGCAAAUAUUAGAAACUGAAACCACUUUUAAAACUCAUGAUCCUCUAAAUCCACGAAGCUCGAAUCCUGGGGCGUCCGAUAUUAAAUCACUGUUUAGACCUUUCAAUAUGAGCUCAAUGGAAAACGUUUCGAUUCUUUUCGCCGACAUUGUUGGUUUUACACGAAUGUCGAGUAAUAAGGGUGCCGAGGAACUAGUAAAUAUUCUGAAUGAUUUAUUUGAGAAGUUUGAUGAGUUAUGUCUGAUUCAUGGUUGCGAAAAAAUAUCCACAUUAGGCGACUGUUAUUACUGCGUGUCUGGAUGUCCAGAGCCUAGACCGGAUCAUGCAACAUGUUGUGUGGAAAUGGGACUGGGAAUGAUAGAUGCGAUCCAAGAAUUUGACAGAGAGCGUGGCGAGGGAGUGAAUAUGAGAGUUGGUGUCCACACGGGGACGGUUCUGUGUGGCAUAGUUGGCAAACGUAGAUUUAAAUUCGACGUUUGGAGCAAUGACGUCACUUUCGCCAAUAAAAUGGAGUCCACGGGGAAACCGGGCCGCGUACACAUUUCCGAGGAAACUUCUAAGUUUCUCGGAGGCUCCUACGUUUUAGAAGAAGGCGAGGAAGUUUUUGGUCAUAAAACCUACUUCAUUGAAGGCCGUCAGAUGAGCUCUCCCUAUGAUCACGCCCACUGUCUCACUCCUUCCAAUCCUGUUAAUCUCCGCCUCAUCAUAUCUCCCGCAGUGUCUCCGCAAUCUGUUUUAUCCUUCAAUCAUUUACCGCUCCCGCUGUCUGCUAAAACAAGUGCAUCGUCGACGGAUGACAAGCAAAACAAAAAUGAUGCCAAAAGUGCGAACAACUUCCUGUCUCCAUAUCCUUUUAGUUUUCGUAAUAAAGCCAGUUCACUGCCAAGCAUUCUGGAUUCUGAUACUGAGAUGGACGAAAAGAAGGGCUUUCCUGAAGGGAAUGACAAUUCUUCCAAAAGUCCAACGUCUGUCGGGAGUUGCGGUAAAUAUACGAACAAAAUAAGAAACUGGAAAGUGCCAAGGUUUUUAAGAAAGCAUUCAGACACUCCAUUGCACGAAAUUAAAAAACGACAAUUCAGUGAUAAGACAAUACAUUUCGUGGAACGCGGACAGGAGACUGUCCAAUCGAACAACGGUUACCACCAAGUGCCUAUAGUGAUAGAAUCUCAGGAGAAUAAGCCCAAACCUCUACAGAGUAGCAGUAAGCUGACUUGCCCACCUAAUCACGAAAUGGCGUCAUUUGAGAAAGACAUUAUAGAUAUAAGAUCUUACUUGAGUCAGUCUAGAAGCAAUAUGUCACCCUUCGCUAGAAGUAGCAGCUAUAGAUCACAGUAUGGCCGAUCUAAUAUAGAGGUGCCAGUGAGUCGGGCCCGUAGUUCCACGUUGGCGACGCAAGGGGAGCUGAUCCGGCCGAAGGACCGGCGCCUGAAUCUGCCGCUGGCCGCGCCGCGCGCGCUCGACGACGCCGUUAGCCUGUGCCCGUCCGUCAACAGCCGCAAGGACUCCGGCAUCCGGAGCACCAGCAGGAGAUCUAGUAUUCAGCAGCAGAUAUUCGCUCUCAAUCAUGCAUCAUUGGCGACAUCACAGGCCGACAUGAUGCAACACCGAGUGUCUGGAUACUACACGUCCAGUCAGUCUUCUAUAAACGACCCGUCUUCCAGAAGCAGAUUGCCCCCACCGUUGAACGAAGACCAGGUCAAAUCACUUCAAAAGCUGAGGAAACAGUCAGAUCUUCAAUUGAUUCGAUGCGUUCAAGAUAAUGCUAGAUCAGGAAUAAAUUAUUUCGUUCAACCUCCUUUGAACAGAUUAACUCUAUUUUUUAAGAUCCCCGAAAUGGAAAGACACUAUCGCGACAAAGCGCACAGAAGCGACGACUGUGAGGACUUCCCGCCCACGCUGACUACGUCUCGCUUCAAUACUGGCUUAGAUAUUCUAGUAUCGGCAAUCAUUUUUCUAGCGGUGUCCUCUUCAAUACUGAUUCUGUACAAUGAAUGGCGAUACACGAUCGGCUGGUUUGUGUUCUUCGUUCUCAUAGAGGUCCUCGCUAUGGCGUUCUGUAUUUAUAGACAUUAUUUGAAGUGGAAAACGAAACACGACCCUCAUGAUAUUACAGACACUAUGAGAAAGUCCGUCAAGAUAUUUAGGAAAUUAUCAAACUGGUACCCUUGGCAUUUGUCCGGUAGCCUGUUGAUAAGUUUGCCAAUAUUGGCGAUUCUUAUAAACUUUUCUUGCCAAAACACAACAAUGACAAUUUUAAAAGGAGAACAAUCCUUUUACGUUUAUCUCUUGUACGUUAGCAUAGUUCACUUUUGCAAUUUUACACAGAUGAGUUGGCUGGUCAAAAACACACUUGUCACACUUUAUGCGGGCUUGUUCCUGUUCUUUGUCGUUCUGGGUUGCCGCGAAGCUAAUACUCAAUUACUAGACUCUGAUAUUAAAAUGAACCCUCUGUCAGUUGCUCAAAAUAUGUCACUAUUUAAUAUGUUGAAUGUGUCUGCCGAAGAUUGGUUAGAGAAUAACAGCACGAUCGUAAAUGAAGGCGUACAUCAUAAAAUGCAUCUUAUGGAGUUGUAUUUAGAUGUCGCGUUAUUGUUGAUGUUGGUUUGGUUUCUCAACAGAGAGUUUGAAAUCAGCUAUAGGCUGAGUUUCUACAGCAACGUGGUAGCGAACCGUGACAAGCAGAGAGUACAAAACAUGAGGAACCAAGCGGAUUGGUUGCUGCAUAACAUCAUUCCGCGGCACGUCGCCGACCAGUUGAAAAAUACUGCCAAAUAUUCAGAGAACCAUAAAGACGUGGCGAUUAUAUUCGCGAGUAUUGUGAAUUUCAACGAAAUGUACGAUGAGUCGUAUCUAAAAGGCAAAGAGUAUUUGCGAGUAUUGAACGAGUUGAUUGCCGAUUUCGACGAAUUAUUGGAAAGGCCGGAAUUUCAGCAUGUGGAGAAAAUUAAAACUAUAGGCAGCACUUUUAUGGCAGCUAGCGGCCUGAAUCCUGGGCUGCGGAGUUCUUCGCGGGGCACCUACGAUCAUCUCUAUCAGUUGAUGGAUUUCGCAUUGGAAAUGCAGAAAGUGGUCGAUAAUUUUAAUCAAGAUUUGCUCGAAUUCGAUUUUAUCCUCCGUAUAGGAUACAACUUCGGCGACGUGACGGCGGGCGUCAUCGGCACCACCAAGUUGUACUACGACAUCUGGGGCGACGCCGUCAACAUCGCGUCGCGCAUGGACUCUACCGGCGUGCCCAAGCGCAUCCAGGUGGCCGAGCCUUGCAUCUCGGUGCUGUCGGACAGGUACGACUUCGAGCGUCGUGGUAGCGUUUAUGUCAAAGGAAAAGAUAACAUGGAUGUCUACCUUGUGAUCGGUAAGAAAAAUACGUAGGAAUGUUUAGAUAGGAAAGUAGAAUCUGUGAUUUAACUAUUUAUAUUUAUACAAACACUGAUAAAUUUAAUCGAUACAUUUUUUAUUUAAGAGAUGACUGUACGUUGUACUAUUUAUUGUGUGUCGUAAUAGCAAGUAAGAAAAUAUACUCGGGAUGUAAAAUAUGAUAAUUUAUUGUUGAGCUUUGUUUGGGAACGUUCUCCUGACAAACUAUUGACUUAGCGACUAAUUCUUAUGGAAGUGUACUUCGAACUUCUUGCCUCUGUAAAACUGUGACCAGUGCUCUAGUCUGCAAUUAUAUUUGAUACAGAUGAUCCAAUUGUGCUUAUUCAAUAAUAAUGGAAUAUGCCUUAAUUUUGUGUGUAUUUUAUAAUUAUUUCUCGAGAAAAAUAAGUGACUAGGCUUGAAAUAUUCUUCUACCAAGAGGAGCUUAAACAUUUUAUAUUAUGAAACGAUUGGAUUAUUUGUGUUAGAUGUGAUUUGUAUAUACGAAUGUAUAUUGUAUACCUACCUAUUUUAUGAUGCUCUGAAACUAUUUAUACACAUUUUGUAUAUAAGAUAUAAAGUGCUAUAAUAUUAUGUGUAAACGAGAUUAGGGUAUCAACUGAAACGACAUAUUUACUGUACAUAAUAAUAAAAGCAUUUGCUGCCAAGCCUAGUAAAAUUUUCUAAUGAGUUUGGUAGAAUGGAAUGAUAUGAAACUGUUGUUAAAAUUGGAAAAAGUGGCCGACAUUUUUAAUACUUGUGUUAUUGGACCGAUUUCUUUCAAAAUCGAUAUUUGCCAAGUUCCUUUCUCUAUGACCUUAGGAAACCCCAGAUAUUGAUUUUGAAAAAAAUCGGUCUUAUAACUUAUAGCUUAGAUAUUAAUGAUCAGUACCUACCUACAUUAUUAUGUAUAUAAAUUAUAAAUAUAUAUAUUAUGUGGGUUUCAUCUGUGUUGUUGAAACUGUGAUAAUUUAAUAUCGCAUACGAGUAUUUAGGAACAUUGGAGAUAAAAUAUGGUUACAUAAAGGGAUAUAUAAUCCCCAAUUGAAGUUAAAUUCUCUUCUAAUUUAAUUUAAUUAUUUUAUAAUACCGGUUCCGGUUCGGUAAUAGUUCGGAAGGACGUUUGUAAUAUUUAUCUAUCGAAGUCGUGAAUACUACAAGAGCCUAAAUCGUUUCAGGGGCGGACACAUGAGUGUUGAAAUGUGUUGUAUAACAUUAUCUGUUACAACUUGCGACGAUGGCCCCAUCGGAAUGCGCCUCUAGCGUAGCCUGCCUUAUCGCCAUGACAGAGAUCGUCAUACAGGGGUGUAACCGGAACGCUACC